UGCCAAGUGUCAUACGUCAACUUAUGUGUGUUGUCGUGUCGUCGUGUCUUAUUUUACGCUGUUUUAUUGAAAUUGUGUUUUAAUACAAAAAAGACAAAUAUAAACUAACUUUAUUAACAAUCUAGUAGUUCAGAAUGGUACACACGACGAUGGAGGGUUCGCUUUUUGAACCAACACUUUACAUUGUCAAAGGCAUGUGCAUACUGGACAAUGAUGGAAACAGAGUUCUCGCUAAAUAUUAUGACAAAAAUGUCUUGCCAACGACCAAAGAACAGAAAGCUUUUGAGAAGAAUCUGUUCAAUAAAACACACAGAGCGAACGCCGAAAUCAUAAUGUUAGAAGGUUUGACGUGCGUCUACAAGAGUAACCUCAACUUAUUCUUCUAUGUUAUGGGCAGCUCACAUGAGAAUGAGCUCAUCCUUCAGUCGGUGCUGAACGCUUUAUACGAGUCUGUGAGCAUACUGCUCCGAAGGAACGUAGAUUGGCGCACCUUGAUUGAUAACUUGGACGCUGUUAUGCUCGCCUUCGACGAGAUUUGCGACGGAGGAGUGAUCUUGGACUCUGACCCCAUGUCUAUUGUGGGUCGCGCCGCGCUUCGAACCGAAGACGUCCCGCUGGGAGAGCAGACCGUCGCGCAGGUGUUGCAGUCUGCGAAGGAGCAAUUGAAAUGGUCGCUGCUGAAAUAAAAAAAAACCAUUCUAAUAUUUAUAAAUACUAAUAUACAUAUUAUAAAUAUUUUAUCAAUUAAAGAAAUAAUUACUUACUAAAAAAA